CCCCAGCCCAAGCCUCCACGCGCCCGGGCGCGUUGGCAGCCAUCCCGGGCCUGCGCUCCUCGACCACCGCAUCACACCUUCCUCUCUCUUCCGCUGAGAUUCGGGCACAUGUUUACUCUUUGCUGCUGCUCGUCUCCCAUGGCAUCGACGUCACAGGUAUCUUGUAGGUCUGACUCGUUCUCUGGAUUCAUUUCCUCUCCCUUGGCGCUGUGGAGUAAGUAGCUGGCGGGUACAUUGCCUGGCGCUGUCGAGUUCCAGGAUGAGCCAUGAGGCAGUUGUCUUUCCGCCCAUCGCCGACCAUGAAAAGCCCGACCUUGACCUCGCGCUGUUCCGAGUGAACAAGCAGAUUUCGGCCGAGGCUACCCACUACUUUUACAGCACGAACACAUUCAUCCUGAUGGAUAGUUGCGAGCAGUUACCCGGCAACCGCAAGAAACAGGAGACGUGGGAGCACUCAAUGAAGACAUGCCCCUGGCCGAACCACAGGCUCGACAAGAUAAACACGACCAACGCGCGCUCCCUCCGCAACAUCCAUCUCCACAUUCACACCGAGUACUUCGACGGCUCGCUCAAGCUCGGCGACUUCAUCUGCAUCCUCGGCCGCUCGGCGCCGUACCUGACCCGCCUGGCCAUCGUCCCGGAAGCGCACCGAAAAUGCGACGCCUCCUGCCGCGCCCUGCACCCGUACGCACGCAGCAGGCACCACAACUGGGUGGUGCCGCUCAGCGAGGACGCGGUGCGCCAUCUACUGGUGAAGCUCCGGCGCUCCAUGACGUAUCGCCGGCCCGGGGGGUACAGGGGGUUGAAGGUCUUGCAGAUCGGCGGGGCCCAGGGGAGAGAGCACAUGGACAGGAUCUCUACCUUUGGACCGAUUCUCAGUGCCGGGACCCGGGUGCAAGGCAUUGAAGGGAGCGUGGCGUGGAGAGGAUCGUUUGGGCUGAUGGGGAUGUUGUGGGAGGACAUGGAUGCGCAGACGAGGUGGUAUGAUGCCCUUCCUGGCAAGAUUGGGGUUGUGACCCAAACGAAAGGCUGA